AGUCGAGUGACGAAAGCACGAACGCAGGUGCACGGGCUGACUGAACUUCAUCCAAACCAUACCAAAUAAACCUCCUCUAACGAUGGCCUCAGCCAAUGAUGCUCGCUAUGGACAAAAGGAGUCUGCAGAUCAGAACUUUGACUACAUGUUCAAGAUCCUGAUCAUUGGUAACAGCAGUGUUGGUAAAACCAGCUUCCUGUUCCGCUAUGCUGAUGACUCCUUCACACCUGCUUUUGUCAGUACUGUGGGCAUAGACUUCAAAGUGAAGACCAUCUAUAGAAAUGACAAGAGGAUAAAGCUCCAAAUAUGGGACACUGCUGGGCAGGAAAGGUACAGGACCAUCACCACAGCGUACUAUCGUGGAGCCAUGGGUUUUAUUCUUAUGUAUGACAUCACCAGCGAAGAUUCCUUUAAUGCUGUUCAGGACUGGUCCACGCAAAUUAAGACAUAUUCGUGGGAUAAUGCUCAAGUGCUGCUGUUGGGAAAUAAGUGUGACAUGGAAGACGAGAGAGUAGUUGCUUCUGAGAGAGGAAGACAGCUGUCCGAACAGCUAGGCUUUGAAUACUUUGAAGCCAGUGCCAAGGACAACAUCAAUGUGAAGCAGACGUUUGAGCGGCUGGUGGACAUCAUCUGUGAGAGGAUGUCAGAGAGCCUGGAGUCUGGCGAUCCCUCUGUCACUGGAAACAAACAGUGUCCUCAGCUCACAGAGCAGCCGCAGCGCUCCCACAAGGACUGUGCUUGCUAAGAGUUACUCUCACCGUCUCCAUCAACCAUUUCCCUGCAGACUGAACUAUGGACCACUCUAUGUGGGAAUGCUUCGGUAAGAGUCAACCUCAUAGAAGAGCUGAUGUGAUAUGGCUAAGAGCCUGUCCUCAACACAUUUUGUUAUUCUUCGUAUUAGUAUUCCCACCAGUGCUAUUCUUGUCACUUAAUUAUUUGGUGGUGUCUUUAGAGCAGGCUAAAAGGCUUAAAUGUAAUAAUAAUUGGUUAGAUUUGGAUUUUGGAUAAAAAUUUAUUCCAACUUGAAUAUUGGGUGAAUCACAUGUUAUUCUUGCAUAAUAUCUUCUAAAGCAUUCUUCUAUACCUUCAGGAGCAUUUUGUAUGGAUAUUAUGAGUUUGAUAGAGGUCAGAUUCACACAACAUUAUCAGUCCAUUGUCAAGAGAUAUUUUAUUCUUGUUUAAACAACAUAUAUAUAUAUAUAUAUAUAUAUAUAUAAUAUAUAUAUAUAUAUAUAUAUAUAUAAUAAACCAAUGUACAAUAGAGUUGGCACUAGGCUGUUGUAUAAAAACUUAACAGCAUUAAAGGUCACCCCCAUUGGUGUCCAAGGAUAGAAAUUUGAUGAUGGAAAUUAAGGAGUGAGAACUAAGUGUGCAUUAAUUAAUUUGUUCCCUAUGACUUUCAACAAAGCAGGUGUAUUUUGUAAAACAUAUGAUAUAAGAAAAGUAAAAUGAUAUGUUAUACUGUAUGUAAUAAUAGAUGUAAUUAAGAAGAAUUUAUAAGUGUGUGGUUAAUUGCUUAUCGUUUUUGAAAUAUGAUGGAAUUGGUGAAUUUAAGUGGUAUUUCAGGAUUUCAGUGCUACUUGAUUGAUGCAUGUUCUGCUUUUACUCUGGAUCCUCCACAUACUGGCAGACUCAAACUCUGAUUUUACCGUUAAGAAAAUGUGCGAGUGUGUGUGCUUGUCUGGGUGCAUAUCAUUUUUUUUUUUUUUUAACAAGCAUAGAUGUUGAUUGCUGUCAUUCUCCAUGUAGAAAACAAAAUCAAAGCUUUAAUGAAGAGAAACCUGAUCAAUUAAUAUCAGCAGGGUUUUCUGGGAAAGAUUUUAAUUUGCAAAGACUAAUAUUAAAAUAAUAAUAUUAAAACAAAAUGCAUUAUUAUAAUUUUUUUGCUUUAGAUGUUUAUUUUGUUGUUAGAAAGCUUUUACACUACAAAUCCUAAAAAGAUAGUAGAGACCUGGUUAGACAUGCACUUGAUCUGUUAAAUCACUAGAGUGUUGAACUUUGUUAGUGCACACAAUAAUAUUACUGUAUGUUAAUUUACUGCUUUAUUAUUUAUUUAUAUGCAUUUUACUGGUUUAUUGUGUUUUGUAUUAAAGCAAUUGAGGACUGUUUAAAUACUGCACUGAUUCAACUCUAGGUGAUUCUAGAAUAGGGCUGAAAUGAUUAGUCGACGUUAUCGGCAACGUUGAAAAAAAAAUUGUCAACAAAAAAUUCCGUUGUCGAAUAGUUGUUUGAUGUCAUUUAACGUAACAUGAAAGCACAUUAAACUCUAAACAUGAAGCGCGAGAGCAGCACUGCAGUUCGUACCUGACUGAGGAGAGGAAGAAUUGCACAGUUCACAGUCCAGAUGCACAGCUUCAAGUGAUGUAGAUCACAGUGUGAGGGAAUUAUAAUGCAAAAAUACCAAAUAAGUAAGUACAGAAGCACUCUCGUUGUGGAAUAAGCGGAGCCAGAGCAUCUUUAAAGGAAACACCCCGGCGUUACAUCUUAAAUACAGUUAUAUUUAAUGCGUUAUAGCUUUAUUAAAGUUCAAAUAAUACGGAAGCAGAUCAUGUAAAUAAAUACAAACUCCAAAACUGGCAUUUCUCUGUGUGGUCAGCACCUCUUCUAUGAGUUGCGCGAAUGUCUCGAUCUUAGGGGGAGAAACAGAAACUGCACCCGGCUGAUGCACACUCUGUCGCGUGGAUGCUCGUCCCUCGAGCACGCACACUUAAUGCAGCUAGAUUAUAACGUGAUGGCUCGCGACUUAUUGAAUCAUAAUAUACGUGUCACUGUGCAUUUCUUGUUGUGAAGAAAAUUGACAAUACGCAGCUUUAUUAAUAAGAGAGGUUAAUAAAGAUGGAUUGAAGUGAACAGAAAGGUGAGAGAGGGAAGUCUAUGCCCCAUUAUACACUGCAACAAAAUACGUUUUUGACCUGUUUUUUUUUUGGCUUGUUUUCCAAUAUAAAUAUCUAAAACUCCUUUAAAACAAUGUACAUUUUCUUUAGCAGCUAUACUGCAGAAUAAAAAAUUGUUAUCUGAGAAUGUUGAAUAUAAUAUUAAAAAUACAAAUAUUUUAAAAUAUCUAAAAAUCCUUUAAAAAAAGAUGCUUUCACCUGAGAAGCAGCAUGUAAGAUAUUAAAACUUGCUUUUAGAGAACAGAUCUUGAAUAUAAGUAUAUUUUGUCUUUACUGCACUCGCAGAAGUAUAACCAAGUGAACAAAUACACUUACUGUAUAUACAAAAUACACUUAUUUAAGAUGCAUUCUCUUAAAGCAAGUCUAAAUAUCUUGCUUCUCAAGUAAAUGUAUCUUGUUUUAAGGAUUUUUAGACCAUUUUAAAUGGAAAACAAGACAAAAACACUUGAUAACAAUGGGAUUUUUUGCAGAGAUUUUGUUUUUAUUUUUUUACUUAAUAAAAUAGUUAUAAUAAUUGUUUCCCUUUAAUUCAGUGAAUGUCAUUUUAGAGGUAUUUUUAAAAGAUGAUUUUGCCCUCUUUAUUGUUAGUAAGCACGUUUAAGUCAGGGCACAAGCUGAAUAAUCGGUUAAGAGCUAACGAUUAAUCGUUGCAAUAAGCGCUGAAUAGUUGAAUAACCGUUCUAAUAAUCGUUAGAUUAAUCGUUAGUUGCAGCCCUAUUCUAGAACAAGUUAAGACCCCUCAAAUGUGUCACUUUUUUUUAACAGUAACGCAAAAGGGGGACAAAUGUUUGAAAAUGUCUGUAUAGCAUGUGCUGGUUUCCCCUAUGCAAUUCUGAAGCAUUGCUAUACCAAAUAGUCACUGGAUCUGCAGGGACACACUUUGUGUUUUUCAGGUGCAUAAUUGAUGAGGCCAUGAAACAUAUACCCUCCAUUUAUAACAUGUUUACAAUCCAUCUAAAACAAAUUACAACAAACUCACAGGGAUAUACUUUUUAUACAGCAAAAUCAAACAGGUUAGUGAGUUUUUCUCUUGAGAAGACACUGUUAAUAUUUGAAGCCAUAAAACUUAGUUUGAAAAGCGGAAGUUUGGUUUUGAUACUCUUUUUGUAGUUUGUCUAGCAGUUUGAGUUGUUCUUUUGUUGUUUUUUGUUAAAUUGAUUGUAAAAUAGCUUUCCACAUUUUGAAAAACCAAAAUGACGAAUAUGUUUUAAGUAUUUAACAUCAUGUAAUGCUUUCAACCUGGGAAAGAAUGGUUAGACUAAACCACUGUAUUAGCAACUGACUAUAAACAGGACACACAAUGUUAUCCGUUUUGUUCAGAAUGAAAUGGUCACAUGCAUUCCAUUUACUGAAUUAAAAUA